AACAACCUAGAGCUAUUGUUUUGUUUUGAAUGUUGACACUUGUUAGUGAGUGCCUUUCGUAUUAUGUUUUAUUCACGCCUGGGUUUUAUUAUAAUAGGUCGUACAGAGUAAUGGGUUACCGUAAAAUAACCCUGCUAUUUUAAAACAAUGCACGUAUUUUUGCGAUAAUAUCUUCCUCUUCUUAUGUGGAAAGUCUGUUUGCUUUAGGGAUCGUGAUCCUAACCUGUGUCAUAACUCAAGAAUGAAUCUGAGUUAAGUGAUCGCUGGAGUUUAAUAAAAAUGAAGAAACUGACAGGACAGUUUCGGAGCACUACGUGGGAUCCAUUCCUUAUAAUAUGUCAAAUAAUAUCUCUGCAAUGCAUUAUGUACUUUGGUCUUGGACUAUGGAUAUUUUUGGUGGAUCUAUUAGCGGGAUCAUCUCGCUCAUUGGAUCACCUUUUCAAGUAUCAGGAAAUUCACAUCCAUGAUUUCGAUGGCAAACUGAUAAUCACAGCAUUUGUUUUGAAUGCAUUGACAAGCGCGCUGGGGCUGUGGUUCGUGGUGCAACGGACCAAGCAGUGCCUGGACUUCUCGGCGACCAUGCACCUGUUCCACCUGCUGGCGUGCUGGGGCUACAACGGCCACUUCCCCGCGUCCCCGCUGUGGUGGCUGCUCAACGGUGCGUGCCUCACCAUCACCUGCGUGUGCGCAGAGUUCCUGUGCAUGCGCACCGAGCUGCAGGCCAUUCCACUCAGCCUCGGGCCCAAGGCCGACUUGUAGCGCCGCCGCGCCUCGAUGGGCGUGGCGUCAGCUCGCGUCAGCCGCCGCACCGCCGUGUUGUCGCACCAGUAGCGGCUCGCUGCUCGAGUCUUUCAGAGCCGAGCUUACAGCUGGCUCCGCGAGUUGCAGUUCGGAACUGGAGCGACUUCCGUGUCUGCCUCGUUUCGAUGACCACAUUUCACCUUCGGCACACUCUGGCUGGCACAUCUUGAGAAGCCUCGAGACCUCAAAAGUAUAUUGCUACUUGAGCAGACAGAACAAAGCCCAUAAUAUUAUAAUAUAUUAAAAAAAAAUUAACAACUUUGAAGGAGAAUUAUAGACAUGCCAGAAUAUUUACUUUCUCAGUAGCCAGUGAUGAGUGGGAUAUUUUGAGUGUUGUAUGUUCUGAAAAAACUGAGACAAAAAAAUACGUGAACACAGUUUUGAGUAAAUCAUAAGAAUAGCAAACACUGUGCUCUUAUCAAAAUUAUUUGUGAACGUUGUAAACGUAAUUAGAAACUGGAUCUUCAUUGCUUGUAUUUGGGAAGACUUUGUAUUUAAUAACUUUUAGCCUCUCUUGCGAUGAUCCCCUGUAAUGUAACCGGAUGCAGUUACCAUCAUCGUAGCCGCUUGCUUUAGGAACAUUACCCAACUGCUUUGAACAGUGCAUCACAUGAUAUUCAAUGAAGACUGAAUUAAUUAGCAUGCUAACUGCUGUGGUAGCAGAGAACUUGUGUUUGUAUCACGAGUGUCUAGGUGGUGUUUUUUUUCAUUUGUGGUGUUUGAACUGUGUUGUAUUUAUUUGAACCAUUCUGUGAAUAUUUGUCUGAAUGUUUUAAAAUUAAUUUAUUACAUUUAUGAAAGA